CAGUGUUCACUAUGGGUUUUAAUAAAUUCUGCCAUUAAUAUAGCAAUGGCAAGAUUCUCUCUUUAAAAAAUGUGUUCUUUGUAAUCCUAAAACAAUCCCAAACAAAAGGCAACCAACCGAAAAAAUUAACUUCAAAUGGUUGGUUCUGUUGAUAAGCAGGUCACGUUCCUGUACAUCCCUUCCUAGGCGCGCUCCUGCCUCGCAGAUAACACCAUUCUGUGUAAAGGAUAAGGCUCAAAUCUUCAAUUUCUUUAGAACAUAGUUCGGAAAAGUGUAUAGUCAAAUUGGCUUUAGUUUCUUUUGAUUCUUUUCACGUUUCUCUCUGUGCCUCUGCUGUUAUUUCAUUCACUGUAUCUCCUUUUCAAGUGUGUUUGAUAUGAUGUUAUUUGUGGUUUUAGUGUUUAAUAGUGUUAAUGCUAAACAAGUUGUAGCUGAUGGGUUUCGUUUGAAUGUUUGUCCAGCUUUUUCUUUUUAGUUCUGCAGUUACUGAAAACACCACAAAUUUCAUUUCUACCCUGCUUUCUAACGCUGUGACAACAGUUCUGUGUUCCAUGACAGUGUAAUGUUUGUCUUCAGCUUGUUUUGUCUUGGUUGAUGCCUGGGUUGUUCCCAUGUUCUAAUGCUGUCUUUUGGGUUUUUUUCCUCAAAAUGUUGCUUUUUUGUUUCCUUCAUCCUGUCCCUUGCCAAGUGAUACCUGUCAAGACAAAUAAAUGUUGAACUGUAGCAAUUUUUGCCUUUAGUUCCUUCAAAAACAUCUUUUCACAUUGUUCUUUCUGCUGAAGAAUGUGCUGCUUUUCAUUCCAUGUUAUAGCCGAUGUACCCAUAGCCAACUGUUUUGGAUUUUCCAUCAUUUGUUCAUUCACACUGUGCCAGGGUCCUUCUCUGCUCAUGUAGGAGGUAUCACAGCAAAACACAUAAGAAGAAAAGAACUCAGAUAAACUUGUUGCUUAUUCUGCCCCUUGACUGAUGCAUACAAGACUUCUUCAUUUGGGAAUUGCUUGUAUUUUACUAUAGAGUGGAAUUUGGUUCAAGAUGUUUAGUUUUAUUUUCUCACAAAAAUGUCACCCAGACUGCCAGGAAAACAGCAGUAAGUAUUUUAUGGAGUGUCUCCCCUUGUCUUGACUUUGCCAUUCAACCUUCUUAAUUCCUUUUCCUAAAUUAAUAGUUUUCUAUUUCAUCUAGUUCAUUUGGCUAUUUGUUUUUUUUUUUUUUUUACUUUAAAAAAUGCAUUUAAUGUAUUUACAUUUCCAUUUUUAAUGUUUAAAACAUAGAGUAGAUGUCCUGGUUCCAGACUGUUAAACCACGACGGUACAUUUACUCUGCUGUCUUUAGAAUGAUGCUGGAUCCCUGCCCCGGGACAGCUCUAAUUAGUAUCACAUCUCAUAAAUCAUACCCAGCAUCUCUGACACAAAUCCUGUCUAUUCAGAGAGGAUCUUUAAUGCUUGCAAAGCCAUGCAAUACUCGCUCUUGUUUCAAUGCACAUGAUGCAGUAUGUUUUUGAGUACUCUCAGUAUAUACUUUAAAAUGCAGUUUUUAAGUUGCAUUCUCGUUUCUCAGAUGAAAAGUUUGAUGCUUGAAAUUGUUCCAUUUCUUACUUGUCAGUUUGAUUCUUCAAAGCCCAAGGGUACUUAGAAGUAAAAUUGCAGAAAUUUCACAUAGGAGAAAAUUAUUUUAACCCUAAAUGUGUUAAUAUACAUUUCUAUACUGAAAACCAGUUCUUUUUAAAGUAUUACAGUGCUCGUUACAUCUAACUCCUUACUUGCUCUUUUUUUUGCUUUCUCUGGGUUCCUUUCAAUUAAUUGCCUGAUAUGUGAAUGGCUGGAAAGCUGAAGGAUGGUGCUCGUUCUGUGACCAGAACGAUCCAAAAUAACUUUUUUGAUAGCUCCAAGCAGGAGGCCAUUGAUGUUUUGUUAUUGGGAAAUACCCUAAAUAGUGAUUUAGCAGAUAAAGCACGGGCUCUCUUAACCACCAGCAGUUUACGCGUUUCAGAGCAAUCAUUACAAUCAGCAUCUGUAAAAGUACUGAAGAGCAUGUGUGAGAACUUCUACAAGUAUGCAAAACCAAAAAAAAUCCGAGUCUGUGUUGGGACAUGGAACGUCAAUGGGGGGAAGCAGUUUCGAAGUAUUGCCUUCAGAAAUCAAACCCUCACUGACUGGCUUCUGGAUGCACCAAAAUUGGCUGGGAUCCAUGAAUUCCAAGAUCGCAAAAGCAAACCUGUGGACAUAUUUGCCAUUGGAUUUGAAGAAAUGGUGGAGUUAAAUGCAGGAAACAUUGUGAAUGCCAGCACCACCAAUCAGAAGCUCUGGGCUGCUGAGCUACAGAAGACCAUCUCCAGAGAUUACAAGUACGUGCUGCUGGCUUCAGAGCAGCUGGUGGGCGUCUGCCUCUUCGUGUUCAUCAGGCCCCAGCAUGCUCCCUUUAUCAGGGAUGUUGCUGUUGAUACUGUCAAGACUGGCAUGGGAGGAGCCACUGGGAACAAAGGUGCAGUGGCCAUUCGGAUGCUGUUCCAUACCUCCAGCCUUUGCUUUGUGUGUAGUCAUUUUGCUGCAGGGCAAUCCCAAGUCAAGGAGAGAAAUGAAGACUUUGUAGAAAUAUCUCGCAAGCUUGGUUUUCCAAUGGGAAGGAUGCUCUUUUCCCAUGACUAUAUUUUUUGGUGUGGGGACUUCAAUUAUCGAAUAGAUUUGCCCAAUGAGGAGGUGAAGGACCUAAUACGACAACAGAACUGGGAUCCCCUCAUAGCAGGAGACCAGCUUAUCAAUCAAAAAAACUCUGGACAGAUUUUUAGGGGAUUUCUGGAAGGGAAAAUCAAUUUUGCCCCUACAUACAAAUAUGAUCUGUUCUCUGAUGACUAUGACACCAGUGAAAAGUGUCGCACACCAGCGUGGACAGAUCGAAUCCUUUGGAGGAGAAGAAAAUGGCCGUUUGACAGAUCAGCUGAAGACCUGGAUCUCCUGAAUGCAAGUUUUCACAGUGACAGUAAUGUCCCUUAUACAUGGAAUCCUGGCACUUUGUUGCACUAUGGAAGAGCAGAGCUGAAAACAUCUGAUCACAGGCCUGUGGUUGCACUGAUUGACAUCGACAUAUUUGAAAUUGAAGCAGAAGAGAGACAAAAAGUGUAUAAGGAGGUGAUUGCAAUGCAAGGACCACCUGAUGGUACUGUGAUGGUCUCCAUCAGAAGUUCUUCAGCAGAAGAAAACUAUUUUGAUGAUAACUUGAUUGAUGAUCUUCUUCAAAAAUUUGCAAGCUAUGGUGAAGUUAUACUUAUAAGGUUUGUGGAAGACAAGAUGUGGGUAACAUUUUUGGAAGGAAGCUCUGCUUUGAGUGUUAUGAAUUUGAAUGGCAUUGAGCUACAAGGAAGGAUUAUAAACAUCAACUUGAAAAAUCCAGAUUGGAUCAGAAGUUUGGAAGAUGAAAUGAAUCUAGAGAAGAUUAAUAUUGGGCUGCCUUCAUCAACAAGCUCCACUUUACUUUGUGAAGAUGCUGAGGUUACUGCAGACUAUGAUAUGGAAGGAGACAUCGAUGACUACAGUGCUGAAGUGGAAGAAAUCCUUCCUCAGCACCUACAGCCAGCGUCAAGUACAGGGCUUGGAACCUCGCCGAGCUCUUCCCCGCGUUCCAGCCCCUGCCAGUCCCCAACGCUGUCGGACGGACCCACGCUCCCGGUGAGACCCAGCCGAGCCCCAGGAAAAACUCCUGGACCACCUGUUUCCACACAUGCUGAAUUCCAGACUGGUGCCCAGCAGAAGGAGCCUCCCCAGAGCCUGGAGCCAAAGCGUCCUCCACCUCCUCGCCCCGUCGCUCCUCCUGCACGUCCUGCUCCUCCACAACGGCCACCUCCACCCUCAGGCGGUAGGAGUCCUGCACCUGCUAGAAAAGAAUUUGGAGGUCUUGGAGCUCCUCCCAGUCCUGGGGUAGCUAGGAGAGAAGUAGAAGCACAAAAAAGCCCUGGACCACAAAGAAAAGAUAACUUAGCUCGUAAUCAGCCUCCACAUUCAGCGAGUACAACCAGACCGACUGUUCCUCCUCGAGCUGGAGUUAUCAGCGCCCCACAAAGCCAUGUCCGUCCCUCGGGGGCAAGGCCAGCACCUGAAACUCAGACCAAACCAGUCGAACCACCCAGGGGCUCACCAUUGCUUCCUGAACCGCUAAAGCCUCAGGCUGCUGGACCUGCUCAGCCCAGCGCUCCCGUGCUCAGGAUGCAGGAGCCUCUGAUCCCUGUGGCACCGCAUCCGUCUCAGGCAAGUGCCCCACAAAGUCUGGAGCCCCCCCAGCCGCCGCCCCGUAGCCGCUCAUCUCACAGUUUGCCUUCUGAACCUGCUCCUUCCCAGCAGCAACUGAAUCCCAACGGGACAUGCAUCACUAACCCUGAACCCCAGCUCAACAGUGACCCUUUUGAAGACCUGUCAUUACAGCUGCUCGUGUCCAAGAUGCAGACGUCUGUCCGAACAUCACCUGCUCCAACCUUAAACCAGAAGGAGUUGAUACAGUUGCCUUCAGCAACACAAAGAAGUGCUGAUAAUUCGAAAACUGUAAAUUGCAUGCCAGCAAUGCCUCCUCUUCCAACCUUUCGCUCAUCCCAGGAGCAUCAGCACAGCUCUCCAAAUCCCUUUAUUACUGGGCUGAACUGCUCAAAUCCAUUCACUGAAAGAACUCCUAACGCUGGGAACCCCUUUAGGACAGAAACGCGGGAGUCUGGGAUAACCUCACAGGUACUGGUAGGACCUGCUGCUUCCCACCCAUUCCCUUCUCUGCCCCCCCCCAGCUGUAACACAAGCAAGCCUGUAUUUCCUGUAGAUGCAACUGAAAACACAUUUUGCUUGCGAAGUAAAUCUUUCAAGGUAGAAAACAUACAGCCCAAAGGGUGGGUGACAUUUGACGAGGAUGAGAACUUCAACAUGAAGCUAAAGCCAUCUGCAAGUGUCCCGGAUUUUAAGCGACUCGGCUCCGGGAAAUCAGCUGGAUGCCCAAGUUUGCUGGGAACUGAACAGAAGACUUUCCUUGGUUCGGACUUUAACUUUGAUGGUGACUGGAAUAAAAGUUCUACUGAUUGCUUCUGUACAAUGCCAGCAAGAAAACCACCUGCACCCCCUGUACCAUCCAGAGCAACCAGCAACAGGUCCCCCGCAGAUCCCUUCCCCUCCCCGGCACCCAAGGUGUCACCAACUCAUGAUUUUACAGAAAGAUAGAUGGUCAGAGAUACAUGAGGUAAUAUUUGUUGCUACAUUUAUCCAGUAGAAUAAUUGGGCAUUUGAGAUUAUUCUGUGUGCAAUAAUUAAUUGUAAAAUGCACUGAAACUUAACUCUGCUCAUAAAAAGCCACUUCUGCUUGUGUAUAAAUUUUGAAUGUGUAUAUAUGGUGGAGCACAAAAAAUUGUCUGAAGUUUAUUAAAAUCCCGAUGUAAUAGUAUUUGAAUACACAAAAAGAGAUGGGUGAGCUACUGUCUCACUAAAAUCUGUCAAUCCUGGACAUAGAUUUUGCUUAGGGAGCUCUUUCAUUUCUGUUCCCCUUUGUGGAAUUUCACAAGAAGAGGCUCCCUACUGGUAGCCUCCCCCCUCCCUUUUGACUGUUUUGUUAGUUGAUAUUUAUAAGUAUUUACCAAAGAGCUGCCAAAGUUUAUUGAGAUUUGAAUGUUGACAAGUAUUGUUUAGAAGCUGUUUAAUUUAUAACAGAGGCUAUGGAUAUUUGUGAAGCUUAUAUUUGAAUUUGAGGCACAACAAAAAUAGUUUACUUUCAGAAUAGAAACAAAACUUUGCAUAUUAAUAUAUUAAAUUACUCUCCUGCGUCAGUACAUUUCAGUUAUUAAAUCCUAUUGUGACAUACACUCACUAGCACUAAUUCAGAAUAAUUGUUCCAUAUCAUCCAUUUAUUCAUUACUAUUUUAACUAUACUUCUUUUUUUUUUCCACAAAUUGGAAACAGCUGAUACAGCAAGCUUUUCCUCAACCUCUGGAAAAAAAAUCCCCUUGGCUUCUGAGAUACAAAGCAGUAUUUACCAGUUGCAGCCUAUGUAGCGUGCCAGCCAGGGGGUGAAACAACACGCUUGGAUUGUAUUUAGAGUAGUGAAACACCCCAGGGCAGCACGCUUUUUACAUCCUCAAAUGCUCUCACAGUAUGAUCCAUGAAAUAAUCCACUAUUCCUUCGGACAGCCCCUGGUCAGCCAUGAGCUGCAGCCGCCUAGAGGAGUGACAGUGAGUUUUCUAUUGCGCUUUUUUCCGUUCAGGUCAUUCAAGUUGUACAUUUGGAACAGCAGUGGUACUACUUGUGCUUCAGUGUGUGAGUUACCUUGUUUUAUGCUGUUGCUGCAAACAUCUGUGUGGUUGAUGUUUUGGUAUAUUCUUACAUUAGCAAACCAAAUUUGGGGGGGAACUUUUGCUAGUGGGAGUCACGUGAUCAAUAUGUUGUCAAAUAUUUAAUUGCAGUGAUUAAAAACUAUCUGUCUGAACUGUA